CUAAAAGAUAUAUAAAUAUAUAUACCUAGAAACAUAUUCAAGUGAAAUAUUGAUGCAGAUUUUCAAGGAACUGAAGCUACAUCAUCAUCUCAAUCAGCAAAAAAAUCCACACAAAAUUGUGAAAAUGUGUUGCAAAUCAAAUGGCGGCGCCAAGUGGAAAAAAUGCUCCUCCUACCCCAUGGCCAAGGGCAUACAAAGAGAUCAGCAACAAUCUCACAAUAUGAUCACAAUUCUAACACUAAUCCUGCUGGUCAUCAUUCAAAUGCAAGUGGUCAGUGCCGGCGUAGGCGAUGGCCUUAUGGGUCACAUUGAAUCCUGUUCGAAUGAAGGCGAAGAAAUUCAACUUGCUAUAAAGAACUCCAAAUGCUUCAAAUGCAGCUGUCAGAAUGGCCUUGUGAACUGCUACAGUAGUUGCCCCUCGACAGAUGAUUGCUUUCUGCUGGACUCCAAGUCGGGAGACACCUGUUGCCGCCGUUGUAAAGGUUGCACAUUUCGUGGUGUACCCUAUGAAAGUGGUGCAGAAUGGACUGAUCCAGAGGAUCCUUGCAAGACAUAUAAAUGCAUUGCCAGUGUUGUUACUGAGACAAUACAAAAAUGUUAUUCCCAGUGCGAUGACAAUCAAAUGAUGCCACCACGCCCUGGAGAAUGCUGUCCGACAUGUCAGAGUUGCAAGAUCAAUGGCCAGACUGUUGCCGAGGGUCAAGAGGUUGUCGCCUCGAUCGAUGAUCGCUGUUUGGUCUGUCAGUGCAAUGAGAAUAAACUAAGUUGUGCCAAGAAAACUUGCCCCAUAUUGCAGUGCCCCAAAACGAAACAGAAACAACAUCCAAAUGAAUGUUGUCCUCGUUGCACAGAACAGCGGGAAUUUGUUCCCGUCAUAGGCAAAUGCAUCUUCAAUAAGGAUGUUUACUAUGAUAAGACACAAUUCACACCGGAUCGUUGCACGAAUUGCACAUGCCUCAAUGGCACAUCCAUUUGCCAGCGUGCCACUUGCCCCAUUUUGGAGUGUUCACCCGAAUUCCAAGAGGACGACGGCUGCUGUCCAAGGUGUGUGGUGGCCGAGGUGAGGAGCGAGUGCACCCAUCAGGGCAUUACCUAUGCCAAUAAUGAGACCUGGAACAUGGGUCCCUGUCGCAGUUGUCGCUGCAACGGCGGCACCAUACGCUGCUCCGAGAUGCGUUGUCCACAGGUGAAGUGCCGAGGGAAUGAAGAGCUCAAAGUGCCACCGGGUGAGUGCUGUCCCAAGUGUUUAGAGACCGCUGGCACUUGCACAGUCUUCGGUGAUCCCCACUUCAAGACGUUCGACGGCAAAUUCUUUAGUUUUCAAGGCAGUUGCAAGUACUUGCUGGCCGCCGAUUGCCUAACCCAUAACUUCUCCAUACGUCUGACCAAUGAUGGGCGUGGCACAAAACGUUCCAGCUGGCCGAAGACUGUUACUCUGAAGUUGGGCAACUUACGCAUCAAUCUGGGUCAAAAACUGAGGGUCAAGGUGAAUGGAACUCGAGUGCUGUUGCCCUAUGUAAACGAUGCGGUGACCAUUGAACGUUUGCCCGAAGGUGGCAUAAUGUUGCGCUCCAAACUGGGCCUGGCCAUCGAAUGGGAUGGCAGUAAUAACUUCCUGCAGAUCUCGGUGCCGGCUCAUUAUAAGCAUCGUUUGUGUGGCCUUUGCGGGAACUACAAUGGCAGCGUGCGGGACGAUUUAACAGGACGCGAUGGACGACAGCAUGGGGACAAUGAGGUCUGGCACUUUGCCAACUCCUGGAAGGUGGGCGGACUCAAGUCUUGUUCGCGUCCAAGGGAGCAUCGUAAUGUGGCAGCCACGCCCACGUGCAAUAAGCGAAAAUCGAGUUUCUAUUGCCGCCCGCUGCGUCAAUCGUCAGUAUUUGGUAAAUGUGAUAAUAGAGUAAGUCCUGACAAUUAUAUAGAAUCCUGUCGCAUGGAUGUUUGCGAGUGUCCAUCGGGUAAUUGCCAUUGCGAUAGUUUUGCCGCCUAUGCCCAUGAAUGUCGACGUUUGGGUAUAAAGUUGCCAGAUUGGCGUACGGAUACCAAUUGUCCUGCUGCUGGCGGUUGGCGAAGAAAUGUGACUAUAGCUCAAUUUAAGGGUAAUCAUCUCUAUGGUGAUCCUGAUUUUGGUGGCUCAAAGGCACGUCGACGCAAACAGCAGCAACAACAACAGCAGCAACAUCAACAGCAGCAACAACAGCAGCUGCAUCGACGGCAGCAACAUCUACACAACAACAACAACAAUCAUCAACAGAACCAACUGCUGGACAAUGAGUUCAUUAAGAAGCAUGUGCCACAUAGCCUGCUGCAGCCGCGUGCGCCGGAUCGCACGCCGCCACCGCUCCAUUAGAGACUAGACGAUAAUUUAGUUAAAAUUCCUCCCAUGCCAAUGUCCCCCAAUGACCCCCUUUAAAUUCCCCCCGCCUUUGCCCCCAUGACACAGCACCAGUAUUACGUUAAGCAUUAUUAAAAUUUCCCUGCCCCAUCCACCUCCCAACCCCCCGCCUUCCAUCUUCCACUCUGGUGUGCCCUCUCCUCCUUGUCCUACUCUCGGCUAGAAUUGCAUCUCAUAUAUAUUAUUCACAUUCACAUACGAACGAAAAGUUCGCCAUUUACUUAAGUUUAAGUUUUAUUUAUUUUAGCUUAUAGUUCAUCGGGAAUUUCUACUUAAGUUGUAACUAUAAAAAAAAAUAUUAUUAACUAUAUAUUUUAAAUUUAUAUCGUUUUUUAGUUAAUUAUGCUACACCCUAAACUUAAUGCUAUAACUACUACAACUACUACAAAUAUAUAUACAAAUACAUAUAUAAACAUAAAAAGAAAAUCUACUAUUAUAUGAGAGAAUUGCACAAAACAGUAUUCUUUGCUUAGUUAAACAAACAAACAAACAAAAAAAACUCAAAAAUCCAACACACACUAAUCAAAAGGAACAAAUCUCUAAAAACAAAACAAAAAACUCCUUCCUUCCUGCUCUUUCUACUAAACGCUGGAAAUUCAAUCUCGAAGAAAAACUCACUCAAUAGUUAGGAAAAUUCUAUGGAAAAUCCAUGGCCGUAUUGCUUUUUACUCUAUAUACUUAUGUACUUCCACCUACUUAACUUAACUACUUAAAUCUAUAGAAAACAAAAAACAAACAAAAACUGUGUUAAUAAUAUAUAUAUAUAUAUGUAUCUACACAAUUUAUGUAGAGAUUCACUACCAGUUCCAUUUGCCAUUUACAAAUUAAUCGAAAAUUGAAAGGAAAUUAAAUUAAAUUAAGUAAACUAUCUACUACCAUAUAUGUACUAUCUACUGGAUCUGUAAAUGUUAUAAAACAAAUU